AGUAUUUUCGUAAUUUUCUACGAACAUGCCGUGUCUGGUGAUUCCAAAUUUCAGUGUUUCAUCAUAGCCGUAAUAAAUAGAAAAAAAUACUAUUUGAUGCAAACAUUAAACAAAUAAUGUGAGUGUAGAAUAGUUAAUUAAACGAUAGAGCAUCCCUUAAAUAGCGCUAUUUCAGCUUUACUCUAAUGCGAUUGAAUAAUAUUAUCAGUAAAAUGAAGAGAAUGCCCUUUCAUAAUACUAACUCAGACAGUCUCUUCCGACCAAGAUUUCAGCCUUUCAGAAUAAAAAAUCCACAACAAGUAUUAGGCCAGCCGAUUUUCAGACCUCCAGCUUUCCAACCUUCAGCGUUUGUUAGAUAUAGACAACUGCAGACAGAGGCAAACAAUGAAAGGAAAACGAGUACAAAUAUUCAACAAAACAAUCCAACUUCAUCCUCAAGAAAAUCAUCUACAGACUCUAAAGUUCAAAUUAAGAGGACAAGAUUAAAAUCUGACGAAUCAAAGGUGAAAAGGACCAAAGAACGAACGGUAAAUUCCUCUAAGUUGACUACAGGAUUUUCAGGUGGAACUAUUGCGGGUGAAACAAGUCAAGAAGAUUGCUCAGCUCUAUCGACACAUCAUGAUGAUGCUAUACAAAUGAAUCAUAAUUUCAAGUUUAAAAAUCGUCGAUGGCACAAAGUGAUUAACUUUAAUGAAAAAAUCAAAUAUAAGAAGGCUCAGCAGUUUAUAGAUUUUUCGAUUGCUUCUUAUAAUCUUUUAGCCCAAAAUCUUCUAGAGGAUAACAGAUAUUUAUAUAAACAUUGUGAAGAUUGGAUGUUGUCGUGGGAUUAUAGACGAAAUAAACUCAUCGAAGAACUGUCUUAUAGGCGAUCUGAUAUAUUAUGCCUGCAAGAAGUAAAUGCACAACACUACGAAAGCUUCUUCAAACCGGAAAUAGAAAGGCUCGGCUAUGACAGUUUGUUUAAAAAGAGGACGAAUGACAAGCAAGACGGUUGUGCAACUUUUUGGAGAAGAUCGCUUUUCAGAAUGAUAAAUCAUAAGUUGAUAGAAUUUAACCGAGUAUCGGAUGAUUCUGUCAUGGACAGGGAUAACAUUGCCAUUAUAGUCAUGUUAGAAAGCACUAAUGAAAAAUUCAGGAGUCGGUUAUGCGUGGCAAACACUCAUUUACUGUAUAAUCCUCGGAGAGGAGAUAUCAAAUUGGCCCAACUAAUGAUUCUAUUGGCUGAGAUUGAAUUCAUGACCCGUGAUAGAAGAAGAUAUCCAAUUAUCUUGUGUGGGGAUUUUAAUGCUGUUCCAUUCAGUAACAUAUAUAAUUUCAUUGAUAAGGGAAGAUUAGAGGUUGAUCAUGUUGAAACGAAAACGUUAUCAGGUCAAGAUGAGCAACGUAAUUCUUUUUCGUUAAAACCCCAAUUAGGCAGAGAUUUUAUUUCUAAGCGCCUAAAUAUAACUGACCAAUGUUGCUUUUCUAACGAUGAGAGUUCAAUGUACGUCCAAGAUUCAGGAUUGUUAAAACACCAUUUAAACUUGAAAUCCGCUUACCGACAUCUCAUAAGAAACGAAAGAGGUGGAAAAGUGAUGGAAGCAACAACUUCUCAUCGUCUAACAAAUCAAACAGUUGAUUAUAUUUUUUACAAUGUUGCCGAGAAAAAACGAAAGAAGGAGCAUGGAAAAGAAUUUUUGGCCUCCAUCGAGGGUAAUCUGCAAUUGUUAAGUACUUUGAGAUUGCCCACCGUUGGAGAGAUGAAUGAUUGGGGACGAUUACCGAACGCUUGUAUUUCUUCUGAUCACGUUUUGUUAAUGGCUCGAUUUUUAUUAAUUGCCAAUGAAUAA